AUGGGCUCUCUUCUUGAUGCGAACUCCAGCGCUGUGCGCAAGCGCAUCGAAAAUCAUCAGUUUGACGAUGAAGAAGGCGAAGAAUAUGAGGCGUCGAACUUCGGUGGCUUCGGCGACUAUAUGCGCCGUAAGAAGAUCAAGUUGCAGAAUCUGGACUCUGAAAUACGCUCGUCCUCUCCGGAUCGGCCGCCCAUAUUCCGCGGCGUUGUCGCACACGUCAAUGGGUACACUCAGCCAUCUUUACAGGACCUCCAUCGUCUUAUAGUAAGCUAUGGCGGUGGUUUCCUUCAAUAUUUGGAUGGCAAGACCGUCGCAACCCAUAUCAUUGCCAGCUCUCUCACCCCCAAGAAACGCGAAGAGUUUAAGAGAUAUCGUAUCGUCAAGCCGGCAUGGGUGGUUGAAAGUAUCAAGGCUGGACGCUUGCUCCCAUGGGACGCGUUUCGAGUAGUAGAUGAGGGUCAUGCUCAGAAGGUUCUCAACUUCGAUAACGGCCGACUUCUCAGUCAGGCGAAUACACAGCUGGCCGGCUACAGAGACCAGUCAGAUUCCAGCUGGUACACAUCUCGACUGAAACGCUUAGAAACUCCCGUCAGAGAGGUUUCUUCUGAAGCAGAACCUCCAGAGAUUUCUGAACAGACUGACCAGACUUCUGCGGCCGAGGAAGCUACGAAAACGGCCACGCAAUCGGACUAUGGCGAUUUCCCUAGCUUUGCCUCUUCUGACCCGGCUGGAAACAUACUUGACAUAUCCAAGUCUGAACGAAGCGACUCACCCAAACAUUCAGAUGCUGAAGAUAUUGCAGCAGCUGAAUUAGGUCGUAGAAUGUCAACACAAUCUCCAGCCGGCAUUACCAACCCAGAUCCGCCGCUCGCUGGAGAAUCCGUACCUGCCAAGACAGAAAUGACCCCAGAGGAGUAUAACGCGCAGCUCUUGGCGGAUCCAAGGAUGCGCAAUUCAAGUGUUGUGAACCCGGAAUUUCUUCAGCAGUUCUACCGUGAAUCUCGCUUGCAUCAUCUAUCAACGUGGAAGGCAGAGCUCAAGGCUCAGUUGCAAGCUGCUGCAAAGGAAAAAUCUCACUCUCAAGCUGGUCUCAAAAAGCCUGUUUCAGGAGCAAGACGCUAUAUUCUACAUGUGGACUUUGAUUCCUUCUUCGCGGCCGUAUCGACGCUGAAACACCCAGAGCUCAAAGGCCAACCAGUAGCCAUUGCACACGGUACUGGCUCUGGCUCCGAAAUUGCCAGCUGCAACUAUCCUGCGCGCGCCCGGGGCAUCAAGAACGGGAUGUGGAUGAAGGGUGCUCUACAAGCCUGUCCGGAGCUGAAGGUCUUGCCGUACGAUUUUCCUGCGUAUGAAGAAGCGAGCAAGAAAUUUUACAGUGCUGUCCUCGCGGUUGAUGGUGUUGUCCAGAGCGUGAGCAUUGACGAAGCCCUGGUUGAUAUCACAAUGCAAUGUCUCGAGGCCGGAGGUUCGGACGGGCGAGGGAUAUCAGAAGGGUCUAUCUACCGCGAACAGGCCAAAGCAGACGAGAUCGCCCAGAAUCUGCGAGAGUCCGUGAAAACGGCGACUGGCUGUGAUGUGUCUGUUGGCAUCGGCGGAAAUAUUUUGCUCGCUAAAGUUGCGCUACGAAAGGCAAAGCCCGCUGGCCAGUUCCAACUAAAGCCGGACAGUGUAUUGGACUUGAUUGGAGACCUCACGGUGCAGGAUCUACCCGGUGUCGGAUAUAGUCUUGGCGCGAAGCUGGAGGAGCUUGGUGUUAAAUUCGUGAAGGAUGUCAGAGACGUCUCUCGUGAGAAACUGAUUAACCAUCUUGGACCCAAGACCGGUCUCAAAAUCUGGGAGUAUGCUCGUGGUAUCGACCGAACGGAAGUCGGUAAUGAAGUUCUCAGGAAGUCGGUCUCUGCUGAAGUGAACUGGGGCAUUCGCUUUGUGAACCAGGCCCAGGCAGAGGACUUUGUGCAAUCUUUGUGCGAGGAGUUACACCGCAGACUUUCGGACAACCUGGUCAAAGGCAAACAGCUGACGUUGAAGGUGAUGCGAAGAUCCGCAGAUGCGCCAUUGGAGCCUGUCAAGCAUCUUGGGCAUGGGAAAUGCGAUGUUUUCAACAAGAGCGUCGUACUGGGCAGAGCGACCAACGCGCCGGAGGUCCUUGCAAAAGAGGCAAUCUCCAUGCUUCGCAGCUUUGGAAUAACGCCUGGUGAUUUAAGAGGUUUAGGGGUCCAGAUGACGAAGCUUGAGCCUCUCAAGUUAGGGGCUACCGACAAGCCUGAAGGUAGCCAGCAGCAACUCAAAUUUAAGGCGUCCCCAGCGAGGAAAAGUCAUGAACAGGUCCGGGAUCCCGAUGACUUGGACAGCCCACGCAAAGCCGACGCUGCAGCUGUCAGUCAUGGCCCGACUCUGAAUGACGAUUCGUACAAACCUCUGAACAUCUCAGGAACUCAAUUCAUCAUGCCGUCGCAGGCUGACCCCAAGGUCAUUGCUGAGCUCCCUAGUGAUAUCCGGUCGAAGUUGAUGUCGCAGGGCAAAGGGCGACAGGAGUCUCGUUCGGCCUCGCCUUGCCCGCCCGCACGUAGGACACAACCGUCCACAGCCACGGCACUCCCUCCUCAGUCGCAGCUGGACCCAGACACUCUGGCCGCUUUGCCGGAAGAUGUUCGUGCCGAGAUUUUGGGAUACUAUCCGCAAACCUCAAGCACUCCAGAACCUCAACCAGUCGUUCCGUCUGUUCCCAGCUCGCGUCCAGCGUCAUCUGGCAACGUCGGGAUUAAGAAGCCAUCAACCCCGACAAAAAAGCGACGAGGUCGACCCAUCACCAAAAGUUCGGGCAACAUGACCCUCACACAGUCCAACUUUAUUGUCGCAAGACCGACGCCAACCUCCGUCAAUACGGAGGAGCAAGCAUCGCCACGGCAGCCCUCUCCCUCCCCGGACCCGGAAAUCUCCGCCGACUUCCUCGCAGCCUUACCGGAAGAUAUCCGCCGCGAAGUCCUCGAAGAGCAGAAACGCGCGCGUAAGCUCCAACGCUCAGGCGUGCAACCGCCCGCUCCUCGAAGGGUCGGUCCAUCCACUCCUGCGUCCGCAGCACAGGAGAAGCGCCUCCGUCUUCCUCCGCUCCCGGAACGCCCGACAUUCACCUCCAAGAAACUAACAGCCCUAUCCGAUCUCCGAGACGAGGUCGGCGCAUGGCAUGCAACCUUCGCGGACGAAGGUCCGUUCAACGAAGACGUUGAGGCGCUCGCUCGGUACCUCAAAAGUGUCGUCCUCGACGAAAAGGAUAUUGACAAGGCCGUGUCUGUUGUUACCUGGCUGAUGUGGCUUGUGGAGGACGCGAAGGCAUCACGAGCGAGUGAGUGUCAGGCAGGCACUUCUCAGGGUACAAUUACCUGGGAUGAAGCCGUUCGAUCUCUGCAGAAGGCGGUUAGCGAGGGUGUUGAGGAGAGAGGGUUACCGCCUGUUGAGUUUUCGUAG